GACAGCGGCACAGCUUUCCGUCCCAACUGCCUGGCUGGCUGGCUGUGUGUGUACCUAUAGCCCCCUCUUCCUGGCUCUCACAUACACACACUGCGCACACACACACACGCUCCCUCACAUCCACACACACGCAGAGCCGAUCAGUGCAGGCAGCGCAGAGCCUGGUAAUUGUAUUGCUCCCUCCAAGCGGAAGGAAGGACUGAGAGAGAGGAAGACCGGAGAAAGAAGAGGAGGAGAGAGAGGAAAGAUAUAAAAACUUUGAUUUUUUUGAAUUUUCUUGUUUUUUUUUUCCCUGGAGGAGGUUGACAUGACAAUGACCCGGUAUCGCCGAUGGAUUCGGUAGGACACCCGUUAUCCGAGUGUUUUUUAAUGCACUCUGAACAAGAGUAGAAUGAACUUAUCGAAGGGGCCAUUGGUGAACAGCAGCAGUGAAGAUAACUCCAAGUCAACCUAUAGUAAAUGCGGCGCUGGCGCCUGGAGGAUGCACCAGAGCUACGAUCCACUAGAGGCCAACCACAUGAGAGACGCACAUGCCCUCUACAACCCCAGGCUUCUCUGCAGAAUGUCCAGUAAAGAGCGCCACCUUGAGUCCAACUGUCCGUCCUCUUAUAUAAAGACAGAGCCGUCUAGUCCUGCCUCCCUGACUGACAGUCUAAACCAUCACUCUCCUGGUGGCUCCAGUGACGCCUCUGGCUCCUAUUCGUCCACGAUGAACGGCCACCCCAACGGCUUAGACUCCCCGAGCCUUUACAGCUCCAAUGCAGGGCCCCUGGGUCCUGCCGGCGGCCCCGGGUCAAAGCGUUAUGAGGACUGUUCUUCAACUAUUGGCGAAGAUUCACAGAUUAAGUGUGAAUACAUGUUGAAUUCGAUGCCUAAGAGGCUGUGUCUGGUGUGCGGGGACAUUGCAUCAGGGUACCACUAUGGAGUGGCAUCCUGUGAGGCCUGCAAGGCCUUCUUCAAACGCACCAUCCAAGGCAACAUUGAGUACAGCUGUCCAGCCACCAACGAGUGUGAGAUCACUAAGAGGAGACGCAAGUCAUGCCAGGCCUGCCGCUUCAUGAAGUGUCUGACUGUGGGCAUGCUGAGGGAGGGUAAGGGAAAAGGUGUUCGUCUGGACAGGGUUCGUGGUGGGAGACAGAAGUAUAAACGCCGGAUAGAUGCAGAUAACAGUCCAUACCUGAACCCACAGCUGGCUCUACCUCCCAAGAAGCCAUUUGCCUUUGGCUGCCUUGCAGAUAACAAAAUCGUCUCUCACCUGCUGGUGGCCGAGCCAGAGAAGAUUUACGCCAUGCCUGACCCAACAGUACCAGACAGCGACAUCAAGGCCCUGACUACGCUGUGUGACCUGGCGGACAGAGAGCUGGUGGUGAACAUCGGCUGGGCCAAACAUAUCCCAGGUUUCUCUACGCUGUCUUUGGCAGACCAGAUGAGUCUACUGCAGAGUGCGUGGAUGGAGAUCUUGAUCCUACGCGUUGUGUAUCGCUCACUGUCCUUUGAAGACAAGUUGGUGUAUGCUGAGGACUACAUCAUGGACGAGGACCAGUCGAAGUUAGCUGGGCUUCUGGACCUGAACAAUGCCAUCCUUCAGCUGGUCAAGAAAUACAAGACUAUGAAGCUAGAGAAGGAGGAAUUUGUCACUCUCAAGGCCAUUGCUUUGGCUAACUCAGACUCCAUGCACAUUGAAGAUGUGGAUGCAGUGCAGAAGCUCCAGGAUGUGCUCCACGAGGCCCUGCAGGACUACGAGGCUGCCCAGCACCAGGAGGAUCCCCGCCGGGCAGGCAAGCUGCUCAUGACCCUCCCCUUGCUCCGCCAGACCUCCACCAAGGCUGUGCAACACUUCUACAGCAUCAAGCAGGACGGCAAAGUCCCAAUGCACAAACUCUUCCUGGAGCUGCUGGAAGCCAAGGUCUGAGGCCAGGAGGAUAGAUGGAAGGACAGCUAGACACCAGUCUGAACCACCUGAGCUUCAACUCAAACUCUCACUUUGAAUGACCUCUUGCUCUUUUACACGCACACACUCUGACACACACGCACACACACACCGAAAUAUGUUCCUGAAAUAUGUCGGCUGACACAUCCCCCUAUGAAUAGACAAGUAACCUAAACCUCUAACCUGAACCCCUAAACCUCCACCGUCUUUAACAAAAGGGUGCUCACUGGACCUUUUGUUUUGGGGAAGAUGCUGACAGACUGACAUGACCCCCAUGCUACCAAGGGAAGAUGAUAUUUCCUUUCAAAACUAAUAACAAUCACUUACCAGUUACCACGGUGGCUCCGAACAUUGAAGAUGGCAAAACUCUUAUGCAUUUAAUAACGAUCAAAAUGUUAUUAAUGAAAAACGCUUAAAUGAGGACACAUUUAAAAGAAACUGAAAACUUUUCAUUUUAGUCCUGAGAGACUGUAAGACUGCACUCGUGUCUCCUUUUCCCACCCUAUUUCCCCCAACAGAGUUUUUUAAGUGUUCAAGAAGAAGAGUGGGGAGAAAAAAAGAACACUAAUGAAGUAUUAACGACGUUUGUUGUCAAAUUACAUGUACAAUGAAAUUUGGAUGGAUGGACAGAAAGACAAGAAGAGGAGAUUUGCCCUGCCAAAGAGUGGAGCUCAUCCAUUCAGAGGAUGCCAGCAAACUUUAAUGUCAUAACCCAAAACUGUUUCUGCUUUGAUCUACUAGUGGCUUUCAAUGCUGGGCCUCAAGAGUGCUGCUGGUUUCGUGCUCCACCAGUUAUUUGAAAUGUUACUGGUUAUUAUGAAAACCAGCAGGGCUCAGAGUUUCAAGGACCAGGAUUGGAAGCCACUACUGUAAACACUUUCUGGUUCUCCCUAAAUCAGCUCCUGGUUUCCCAUGACUCCCUUACUUCAACGACAACUUUACUGUUUGUUGUAUUUGUUGAAGACCAGUGACCCUGGCCUCCCAAACCUGUCAGUAUUAACAUAGUAUUAGUGUUUGCACACUUGACAUGGCUGAAAAUGCUUUCAAAUAUUCUAACCACUUGAGGUGUGACUGAUGCAGUUUAGAAGUAAAAAAAUAUAUAUCACUAGCAAUUAAUGAAAUAAGACUUGAUCUAUACUGUCAAGAAUGGAUUCCUGCUUGUCCGACUGGUAGAUGCUGGCUCAGUCCACAUUCACAUGUAAUGCUGUUUAUGUCUGUCAAACACUCUUCUUGUGAUUGGACAUCUGUUUGAAACAUUUUCAGCCACUUAGUGGCCCAGGUUUGCAGCUCUCCACACACAAGUCAAUAGAGAUUUCAGUCUGUCAAUGUGCCAUGAAGAAUAGUCCAGCCCAUGCUCAUUACCCAAACUCCAAAAACUGCAAAGUGUCACGUCAGUACUACCCUCCUUGCGCCGUUGCAUUCACAACUUCCAGCUCAUCUCUCGCGUCAGUACAGAGAUAUUUAUGUGAUUCAUUCAGGGAGUGAUGAAGGAGCUUCAGUCACUUCAGUUCAACGCAAUACAAACCAGAAGGAAAGGUGUGCUGACAAAACUGACUGAAGAACAACUAUUGUUGCUUUCAAACUCCUUAUUUUUUCUUUAUUUCUAUCUUGAAAAUAAUCUUAGCGAUGAUACCAGUAUUAGGGUUGUAAAUAACUGUCAUCCUGUAUAUGACAUAUAACACGGCUUUGUUUUUGUUAUUAAUAUUGUCUUCUUAAAACUGAAUCAAUCAAUAUGUCUUUCCUUUUUUCUAUCAGCUUGACCACUUUCAGCAAUUAUCAUAUAUAUAUAAAUAUAACAAGUAAUAAUGUAUUAACAAAUCAGCGUUUAUCUUAGAAAACUCUGAGCAAUAGUGGUUUUUAAAGGAGGGGUUUGUGCAUAUGGACUAAGUCUGCAAUAUUAACAUAAUGUGCCAGUCUUAAAUUUGGGAGAGAGGAUAGGGAUUUAAGGAGAGUUUGUAGCUUCUCUUUUUCUCUGUGUAACUUGCCAUAAGCUAUUAGAUAGAAGUCAAUAUUUCCUUUGUUAGAGACAGUCAGGCAGAAACAAAUAUGGACCAUGAGAUGUUAAUGUUGCCUUCACAUAAAAGCUGGGUGAAUAAGUUAUUAUAAGAGUUGAAAAAGUAACACAAGCAGCUAAAAACUAAAAGAUCCAACAUCCAGUUUGCAAUUAUCAAAUGGUUGUUGAUGUUUGCCCCUUUCUCGUGACCAGGCUCUUUAAGCUGUCACUUUUAAUCUGAUUAAAUCAAGACAGUUGUUUAAAAUCAACUGUUCAGUUAUACACAGUUUUUGACCUUGAGGUUUAUGUUUCUUCAGCUGUGUGGCUGAUUGUGGGGACCAUCAACUAAAUCUGGAUCAGUGCUGAGAGAAAUGGGACUAGCAAAGACAAAACAUCAUUCGAAUUCAAAAAACACCACAGUGACAGUUUCGUGUUAGCUCGUGAUUCCACUUCUUGUUGCACUUAAUCUAAAAACUUUGAAGGAAAUGUUUGUGCUGUAACAGUGAAAACCAACAAUCCUACCAAAUACAAUCUAAAUUGAUAAAAUUAAUAAUAGGUCAUUUUUACGGUAAAUUGUAUAGGGGAAUACAAUACAGGUGGUUUUACUGAUAUUCAUACAUUUAUUUCUUAGCUAGUUAUCCGUCUACUAGUGUGUGUUGCAAACAUCUGUACAGUCUGUAGUUUAAGUAGACAUACAGAGGUCAGAUUAAAUAACGUUUUUAAAAAUGUGAAUUUGAUUACCUUAAUUAAUUAAUCCUCAAAACCACACAGACUUUCAGUGUUUAGAGAUUUCCAGGCAACAUCAAGGAAUUUCCUGUUUUUAUGGGCAAGAAAUGGAAAGCUGAGCUUACAUUUUACAGUCAAGUGAAGAGACAUCGAUUUCAUUGUUAGAGCAAAGCUGCAUAUGGUGUGCUUGACUGAUCACAGCUUUAACACGUGAAGACAGUCGAGGGAUUUUUUUUUUUAUAUCAUUGUUUAUGUUAUUUCUAAAGCCGAGUAAGAAUGCCAAAAUGUGUAAUCCAGAUGACGGCGUAAUCUAAUAUAAAAUGGCAACUUGUCACAGCUGAGGAGUGCGGCAGUUUAAGUGUAGUUGAUCUCUAACAUCACACGCUCUGUAUCAAACAUCAGUAUUAUUAGUAAGGGGUAUUUUCUCAGCCUUCUUAAACAUUGUAUAUUGUAAAUUAUACAGAUUAUAAUUCUAACAUAAGACAUUUUAUUGGAAACAAAAUCGAGAAAAAAAGAAAAAAAAGUAGUUCAGCCUCGAUGUGUGUUUCAUGUUCGCUGUUUUUUCUAUCAAGAAAAAACCGAGUUUCUUUACUUUUAUCUGUUUUUGUUUUAAGGUCCUCUUUCUGUUUGAUCCUUUCCUCCGCUGUUGAGUCCUCUAAGGCGUUGCUGUGUACUUUUUCUUGUGGUGAUUCCCGUUCUUGUGCCGUGUGCUUCUUCUUUAGACAACACAGAGUAGAGUAGAGGCCAUGUUGUCUGUCUGUCAGAUCAGUCCGCUGGGGGUCUGGGUACCGGAUUCUCUCCCAAUGAACCGAACCGGAUAUAAGGCUCUUCUUCUAGAAACUUAACUAGACCACCAAGAUCAAAUUACAGUAUUCAUCUUUACCAAACUAUACAUAACUAAUUAAAUAUUUAGUAUCUAAAUGAAGAAACACCAUACAAGUAUUUAAAAAGGGAUCAUUUGUGUAACUUUCCUGUAGAGUAAACAAUAUACUGUAUAUCUUUAGGUUUAAAUAACGAUGAAAUGAAAAGGACAUUUGAGUAAUUCAGAACUGUAGGUGACUCUUUUUUGAUAAACUCGCUGUACAUAACUGCCUUCCAUACAGCUCGGCUCAAUCAUUAUCUUUACUGUCACAGCAGUCAAAAAGAGAAAAUAUGAAGACAAAAAACUUCUUUACCCCCCAUUCUUGUGUCCUGUUUUUCAGCUCAUUUCCAGGAAAAUAUCUUGCUUUACAACAAAGUGUAAAAAGUGAUCGGACAGGUGAAGGUUAGGACUGAAGAUUUUUGUGGGUCGAUGGGGAAUGUUUAAGAAAAAGCUUGACAUGUUUACUUUGCACUUGCUGUUUUUCUUGUUCUAUUCACCAUGCACACAUUACAUUGUGGGACAUGUUUCUGCUUUGGCCCCAGUUAUUAUACUUAUUGUACCUCUUUAUACACAUUUAUAGAUUUAUAGAUUCUGCGCUACAAAUAGCAUAAAUUCAGAGAUUCUAGGACUCAUCAAAGGUCUUAAACAUAAACAUAUAAAGUUUUUAGAACGGAGAUAUACAUACCAAUUAUUUCACAGGUGCAUAAAAGAUAUUUGUAAGUGAAGUCCCAGAUGACAGAGUUGAAUUUCCUAUUUUGAUUGUAACUCCGUCUUAUUGUCAGAAAGACGGUCUGUCUUAUCAUCCACUGUACAUUAAUCCACAAACAAUUUAUGGAAGAAAGGUGCUCUUUUCUUACUAUUGUUUCUUUUCUGUUACUGUUUUUAUUUAUUUGUCAGUUGACAAACCAGUCCUGUGUACUUCUGAACAAUUCAACAUGAUAAAAGAUGUUACACGUCUCCCUAAGGUGAUGAAGGCUGAGCUGGAUUUGGUUGAUUUAAAAUUAAUCAAGUUACAUCUCUUCUAUAGAAUUUACUCAUAUAGAUUUUUCCAAAUUUACUGUAAUAUCAAAUUAUCAGUUUCAGUCAAGUAAUUAAUUGAAAAUGACAGUCAUGGUCAUUUGGGUCACUGGGAUCGCUGAAUUAAACUGCUGUUAUUUCAGAUGACUAAAAAAAGGAACAAAUCCACCAGCUAACAUCAGGAGGGAGACUGUGUGUUUAUUUCAGAAGUUUUGAUAACUUGCUGCUCAUAGCCAAGAUAUUAUCUAGAUGUAAAGACGAAAGUGACUUCCCUUGAACAAUUUUUGUUUCUAGUUAAAAAGCAAUAUUUUAAUGACUGUACAAUGACAAGACAAGAGUUGCACUUGUUUGUGUUGGGUUAUACAUCAAAAUGCUGUUGUAGCUAUUAAGAUUAUUCUGCAGUUAUUGUUAAAACCAUAUAAAUGACAACAAACCAAACUGGUAUUUUCUAUAAGGAGCAUUGGAAGACGGACUGUCUGGGUUUUUGCAGAGCCUUUGAUAGAAAGAGUUUGACCUGGUUGCACUUUGGGCAUCAUGUUACCGCCCUCAUCUGGAACUUCCAUUAGCUGCGAAUACUCUAUGUAACAAUAGUUUAGCCAGAACAGGAGGUUAUUUAGGCAUAGCGACAAAGCAGGAUUGUCCAUCUACCAUGGCUUCCCCUGAAAUCUGCUAAGGCCAAACUGUGUCUAUCUACAGCUCUACAGUGUUUAGUCAUUUAGUUGUAUUUAUUCCCCAAAUGUAACUGCCACUUGUUCUGCAGCCAACCCUGCAGUCCGAAUUUGCAAAUGUGAUCAAAUUAUUUAAGGGAGAGAGAAAGACGACACAUUUGGACACAAAGGAUAUUUAAAGAUGAAAGACCCUUGCGUGGUGGAGAAGAGUUGUGUACAAGAGAAGACCCUGUAGUGUUAUUAAAAACAUGUCUGUAGAUUUUAGAUGUGCUUCACAUCAGUAAAUGAAAAAAAAAAAAAAGAAACAAUAACCUGUAUAUUUUUGUGACGUGUAUCAUACAAGUGUGCUCCAACAAUAAUGUCCAUUUGUGUAAAUGUAUUUAUUUCACAUUGUAUAUAUUGUUCAAUGCAAAAAGAGAGACCUAUGAUUCUGUAACUUAAACUACUAUGGGUUGAAACAUUACAUGUGUUACUCCAGACUAUGCCUUUCAGGAUUAUUACAGUAGAGCAAUAUCAAUUAAAACCAGGCUUCCAGUUUUGA